AUACAAUUUUUUUUUGUUUGUUUUCAGCUUCUUGUUGGCUCUGAAGAUUUUGAUAUCCGGGUGUUUAAGGAAGAUGAGAUCGUGGCAGAGAUGUCAGAGACGGAGACUAUCACUGCCCUCAGCCCCAUGUAUGGCAGUCGGUUUGGUUACGCUCUCGCUAACGGGACUGUUGGAGUUUACGACAGGACAGCCCGCUACUGGAGGAUUAAGUCGAAAAACCAGGCAAUGAGCAUACAUUCAUUUGACCUGAACUCUGAUGGGGUGCCUGAGUUGAUCACUGGCUGGUCCAAUGGGAAGGUGGAUGCGCGGAGCGACCGCACCGGGGAGGUCAUCUUUAAGGACAACUUUGCUUCCUCAGUUGCAGGAGUGGUGGAGGGGGAUUACAGAAUGGAUGGGAGCACCCAGUUAAUCUGCUGUUCAGUUGAUGGGGAAGUCCGAGGUUAUCUGCCAGGAGGUGAGGAGAUGAAAGGAAACCUAAUGGAUACGAAUGCUGAGCAAGAUCUGAUCCGAGAACUUAGUCAGAAGAAACAAAAUCUGCUGCUGGAAUUAAGAAAUUAUGAGGAAAAUGCAAAGGCUGAGCUGAACGCUGAGCUGAAGGAAGCUGAUGGGCAGAGAGGUGUGAUUCCAGCAAACACCCAACUCCAGACAGCCCUGUCAGUUAAUCUGGGCUCUGACAGCCAGUCUGCCCACGUGGAGCUGUGUAUUUCCACCACAAAUGACACCAUCAUCCGUGCUGUGCUGAUCUUUGCUGAGGGCAUAUUCGAAGGAGAGAGCCACGUGGUGCACCCCAGCGUCCAGAACCUCUCGAGCUGUGUCCGUGUUCCCCUCACUCCACCCAAGGAUGUGCCCGUGGAUUUGCACAUCAAAGCCUUCGUGGGUUACCAGAACAGCACACAGUUCCACGUGUUCGAGCUGACGAGGCAGCUUCCCCGCUUCUCCAUGUACGCGCUCAGCAGCCCCGACUCGGCCACGGAGCCCCUGAGCUUCGUUAACUGCACCACCAGUGAGAGGCCACAGAGGAUCGUUAUGUGGCUGAACCAGAGCUUCUUGCUGCCAGAGGAUGCAGAGUUUCAGAGUGCUCCCUUUCAGGUUUGCUUCACUUCCCUUCGUAAUGCAGGUCAGCUCUGCAUCAAAAUCAAGCCUGGUGGAGAGAUUUCCAUCAACACAGAUGAUAUUGAUCUGGCUGGUGACAUUGUGCAGUCCCUGGCCUCCUUCCUGGCCAUUGAAGAUUUGCAGGUGGAAGCAGAUUUCCCUGCCUACUUUGAGGAGCUGCGGAAGGUGCUGGUGAAGGUGGAUGAACACCACGCAGUGAAUCAGAAGCUCACAGCUGACAUGGCUGAACACUCCAACCUCAUCCGCAGCAUGCUGGUCCAGGCGGAGGAUGCACGGCUCCUGGGAGACAUGAAAAACAUGAAGACACGGUACACCGAGCUGUAUGAUCUGAACAGAGACUUGAUAAAUCAGUACAAGAUCCGUUGCAGCAACCACACAGAGCUGUUGAACAACCUGAAAGCCGUGAACCAGGCCAUCCAGAGGGCUGGGCGCUUGCGUGUUGGCAAACCCAAAACACAGGUGAUAAGUGCUUGUCGGGAUGCAAUAAGGAGCAACAACUUCAACACGCUGUUCAGGAUCAUGCGCGUGGGAACAGCCUCUUCCUGAGGAGCCGGGCAGCAGCUGCACACGGGCAGAUGAGGGCUGACAAGCAGUUCAUUCAGCCUCCUGCUCCACUGUAGGGUGAAGGAAUUGCGAAGGUAGCACUGUAGUUAAGCUGUCAGCUGAGGAAUACGCAGGCCAAAGCUUCCUGGAGAGAGGGCGUCAGAGCUGGAGUGCAGAUGUGGUGUUUAUGCAAGGCAGAGGUACAAUGUUCAAGCAGUUAUUUUUCUUACAGUAACUUAUUUAUGUAUUUUAAUAUAUUUUGUAGUUAAGGCGUUGACUUUUUCCAUUAAAUCGUAGACUGA